UCCACCUCCUCCACCGGACUGAGCUCUGCCCCUUCAGGUGCACCAUUGGCUUUAUGUUCAUGCCGAGAGUCAUUUAGCAGCGGUAACCCGUCACAGGGCACUGGACUGUGGGGAGGACAAUAACCAUGGCCGUGUUAUCAGCUCUUCAGCUACUUGUUCUGUGUCAGCUGUUAGCAUCAUCGUUUGCCCAGAGGCCAGGUCUUCGUGGUGAAUCUGGAGUGCCAGGGCCACCUGGACCCCCAGGAAAAGAUGGCAUUGAUGGUAAGCCUGGUCCUCCUGGACUUCCAGGAAAGCCUGGGCCAAAGGGAAAAGCUGGUACACCAGGAGCCGCAGGAAGCCCAGGAAUACCUGGCCUCCCUGGAGUGGAUGGUUUGACAGGUCCUGAUGGUCCAGCUGGAAAGGACGGGCCACCAGGAGCAGUAGGCGACAGAGGACCUCCCGGACCAGGUGGACCCCCUGGCAGAGGCAGACCAGGAGUGCUCGGUCUUUCUGGAGCUAAUGGACUUCCAGGUGGACCAGGACCUCAGGGACCACCUGGGCUUGAGGGUCUUCCAGGACUUCCUGGUCUGCCGGGCCUGGAUGGACCACCUGGGCUUCCAGGAACGCUUCCCGAAGGUGGCGGAGACCUGCUGUGUCCGGCCAUCUGUCCUCCAGGUCCACCGGGACCUCCAGGAAUGCCUGGAUUCAAGGGUCAUACAGGUCAUAAAGGAGAUAAGGGAGAGAUGGGGAAAAAUGGAGAAAAGGGUGACCAAGGCCCACCUGGUCCUCCCGGGAUCCCCGGUACAGUGGGUUUACAGGGUCCCCGAGGUCUGAGGGGGCUUCAGGGUCCAGUGGGAUCUGUAGGAGAUAGAGGAUUGCCUGGCUUCAGGGGAAAACCUGGAGUUGCCGGUGUCAUUGGAAAAACUGGUGACAGUGGCGAAAAAGGACAUCAAGGUUUCAAAGGACCCAAAGGAGAGAUUGGAAAAAUAGGCCCUAAGGGAGUACCAGGAGGUGUGGGACCUAAAGGUGAACCUGGCAUGCCUGGACGAGAUGGGAAGGAUGGAACUCAAGGACUGGAUGGUGAAAAGGGGGAUGCUGGAAGACCCGGGGUAUCUGGUGAGAAAGGACCAAAUGGAUUGCCUGGUUUGCAAGGAAAAGCUGGUACAAAAGGAGCCAAGGGAGGAGUUGGAAAUCCAGGAGAGAUGGGAAAAACCGGACCAUCUGGAGAGCCAGGUAUCCCUGGUGAUAUUGGCAUCCCCGGAGAGAGAGGAUUGGCUGGACCCAGAGGUGUAUCUGGUGGCAUUGGACUGCCUGGAAAUGCUGGUCCACAGGGUGUAAAAGGAUACCAGGGUGUUAAAGGUGCCCUUGGUGAUGCAGGUUUGCCUGGGCCAACUGGUAUCAGAGGCGGGUUUGGUGAAAAGGGUCCAGUCGGGGCUAGAGGUCCUAAAGGAGACGUGGGUAUGGGUGGGAUUGACGGUUUACCAGGAGAGAACGGAGAGCCUGGUCCAUAUGGUCCUGUCGGGCAGAAAGGAGAGCCUGGUAAACGUGGUGAACUGGGACCUAAAGGUGUUGUAGGACCACAGGGAGAGAUCGGAGGAAGAGGUGCACCUGGAAGACCCGGACCGUUGGGAUUCCAAGGAGAACAGGGUUAUCCAGGUGUUCCUGGAAAAACCGGUGUUCCUGGCAACCUGGCCAGCGAGCAGCACAUCAGGGAACUGUGCGGAUCAAUGAUUGAUGAUCAGAUUGCUCAGCUGGCUGCUAACCUAAGAAGACCUCUGGCUCCUGGUGCUGUGGGACGACCGGGACCUCCCGGACCUCCAGGGAAGCCAGGAGAAGUUGGAUCUAUUGGUCACCCUGGAGCAAGUGGUCCACCAGGAUAUAGAGGAUUACCAGGAGAUCUUGGCGAUUCUGGUCCUAGAGGGGAUGUUGGUGAGCCGGGUGAUAAGGGUCCAGUUGGUAAAGCCAUUGAAGGGCCCGUUGGCGACCAGGGUGAACCAGGUCUGCCAGGUGUUAAUGGCUUCGUGAAGGAUGGGCGUGAUGGAGCACCCGGAGAUCCAGGAGAGUCAGGAGAAGCCGGAAGAACAGGCCGUCCAGGACACCAUGGAUCACCUGGAAUCUGUGACACGUCAGCAUGCCAGGGUCCUGUGGUUCAUUCGAAGUCCUCCAGUCCCAAGAACCAUUAAAAGAUCCCUGUCCUCGGAAUUCAACAGAAUUCCCUUUCUAGUGUUUUUGAGAGGAAACGUUUGGGGAUCAUUAAAGCAUUUCAGAGCUGAACACAUUCAAGAAUACAUGUGUGAGACAACGAGACUCGAUCGGCAUCUGAAGGACCUCAGACACCAGCACGUGUUGAUACAGCAAGAGGCUAAAUACAUCAAUCACUGUGUGACGGACGCAAUAAAAGCAAAAACUGGGAACUUGAUAAUAAAGAGCAAGAAAUGUAGAAAUAUUUGACGUAUAACUUCCACACAUUCAGACGUUUGUAUUUGUAUGCAAUUUGAUUUCCAUUGUCGUUUUAUUCUCACGUUUACUUAUAUGUCAAGUGUCCGAAAUCACUCAUUGAAGAAUAAAAGAAGGCAUCGCUUCAGAUGCGUCAAACCCUUGUAAAAAAAAAUUCUGUAGGCUCUGACCUUAUCCACUAAAUACUGGUGCUGUAACAAUAACUAUACGUUAUUUUAAAUACUAUUUAUUUCUGAGUACUGUUGUGUGUACAGUGAAUUUCUACAGCACGAUGUAAAAAAAUAA